UGAACGUUUUACUCGCUCGCACUUCUUCAAACGAUUUUCCACCACACCAUCGUCAUCCUUUCCAUCAUCGUCAUCGCCAUCAGUGGCUCAGCAGCGCUCGGUUGCUGACUGCAGCAUUUUGUGUUUUGUCUCUCAGUUUUCCACCCAGCUCGCCUUUAGCGUGGAAAACAAGCUCAGAAAAGAGCGCUAGAGGUACAGUGAGACUGUGUUGGUAGCAUUCGAGGGCAAGCGCAAGCUUUUCGUCGGCUCACGCUCGGCAUCCUGUCUGUCUGUUGGUACGGCCAGUCUGGUACGAGAGCCCGUUUGCUGCUCCUGUUCCCAGAGAUUAUUCCGACUGAAUGGCUGACAGACGAACGACCGACCACCGAAGCAGGCUCCCCCAAAAGCUCGCAGGGUUGACGCAGUACACAUUCUAGAGCAUAAUUUAGUUAGCAUACACUGUCGAUGCAAUGAAUUUUUGCUUGGAGUCGCUUCCCGAUUGCAACGAAAUCUGCUGCCUCGAAAUAUACAUAGUACAGACGUAGAGACUGCCUGCGAGACCCUUUCGGCGGGGACGGACUGUAGAGUGUGUGGAGGAUUUCGCGAGCUUCGGUGUGUCCCGGUCGUCGUCGCGCGUGGUUGACCGCGUCAAUCGAUUGGUUGUCCUCUUUGGUCCCCCGAAAAUAUCAAGAGACUCAAUGGAGCUCAGAAGAGUGCGAACCGUUUAUGUGGGAUGAAAAAAAAAUGAAUGAAACACCGCAAACAAAGGGAACUAGCAUGACGGCCCUAUCGCCUAGCAGUGGGAAAAGUUUUCCUUGUUGUAGAUACAGGGGUUAGAAGUUGGGUCAAAACAAUGUCUGGAAACGUCUACAAGUGGAGAAUGUAGAGAGGCUUGUGGUGUGACAGUGUGACUCACGUAGUACGUAGAACGUAUUGGGAGUAGUGUGACGAAAAAGUUAAACGGACCGUGCAUUUUGAUUUCAGCAUAGUACAUCAUCCUAGCUUGAACUUGGUUUUGCACCGCACAUGCUUGCCAACCCAGUUUCCCCAAGGAAAACACCACUUCACCGGAGAAAGUAGCAACAGAAACAGCGGUGUCGGCGACAGGAUAAACCGUGAUAGGGACGAGCCAACGACGACGGCUAGCGACCCGACUGCACUUAAACGGUAGCGCUCCUUUAAACGUGGGAGCUGUGUGUAACGAGAGACCACAUGUGCGUGUUUGUACCGGAAGAGUGGCCCCAGCCAGCCAGCAGUCGGCCAGUGUGAGUGAAACGAUCCCAGUGUAUGUUGGUUGUGUUUAUCAUACUGAAGCCAUCCCCAAGGCUAACGAAGAAGGAAGGCGGCAAAUCCCGGGAAACGAAGCAGGAAUAUGAUUUGCCGCCGCCGGUUGGUAAGGGGAAGCUAAUUGCUGUUUCCCCAUCAAGGAUUUCCCCACAGUAUCCAUAGUGUGCGGUACGGUGACAACGUUCUGAAGGAAAUCGAUUGUUUUCCUGGUUCAUUAUGCUGAUUGUCUGACAAGAUUGAUCGAAGGAGAAAACGGAGAAGAUACGCAUCAUAUUGUGGCAGGAAAUAGCAUGCCGGAGGUGUUCAUAUGCAAUUGGGUAUAAAGAGAAUGAAAACAUACUACAUGCUCUUAGUGUUGUUAUAAUUGAAGAAGGCUGGAGAAGCUUGGUCAUAUUUAGUGUGAUGUUAUAAGUUUAUCAUAAGAAGAACGGCUCUUUGAUUGGAAGGAGAAACUGCUGGAUCUUAAUUAUCAAAGAGAGGUUAAACCGUUUUUGAUCUGCAGCCGGUUGAAAGUGUACCGAAUCUAAAGUGCGCAGGCUUUAACGCACGUUUGGACGAACUUAUGAAAAAAGAAGUAUAUGUAAUUCUUCUUGGCCUCUCACAGGUGUUUCAAUGAGCCGGUACACAUGAAUAUACGUUCAACAGUUGCCGCAGAAAGGACGACGGUUUCGUUCGAUUGAACCGAACCAUCAGACAGAAAGAAAACGGACAUUCUCUUCGAAACAACGAGACUAAAUGGCAAUAUAAAAUCCCUACGAAAUCCAUCAUGUUUGCCGUCAGAAGAACAACACAAUUCAUGUUAAAACUCAGAAUAAGUAAAACGCACACACUCCAUUGGUCAAUGCCACUAACAACGUAAACGAGCCAACGGUUAGACUUGUAACAAAUGGUCCAUUACCUAACCAAAUACGACCCAAUCCUUUGUGUGUAACGUGAGCCAAAUGAAAGAGCUAAGCCUAAUCAGUUCGGAAAACUGUCGUUCGGAGAAAAAAACGUCCCGCUGCCAGCAACGGUGGAGCAAGCGUAGGCGGCGGCGACGACGACGGAAGUGCUUCCUGCUGUCAAUUUAUUGUACCGUGCCGUAUCGUUUCUUCUAUCUGUUCCUGCUGCUGCGAAUAGGAGUGGACGGUGCCAAAAGUCCUCACAAUAAAACUGUGGAAAAACUUCCGCAGUAUUUUGCCAUGGAGCCUCAGGAUCAGACGGCCGUCGUGGGGUCACGAGUCACCCUACCCUGCCGGGUGGUAAACAAAUCUGGACAGCUACAGUGGACGAAGGAUGACUUCGGACUGGGGACGCACCGGAAUUUGAGCGGAUUCGAGCGUUACUCGAUGGUGGGAAGCGACGAGGAGGGGGACUUUUCCUUGGACGUUUUUCCGGUUAUGCUAGACGACGAUGCCAAGUAUCAGUGCCAGGUUGGACCAGGCAAAUUAGGUACACCUGGAAUUAGAUCACGCUUUGCAACGCUGAUGGUGCUGGUUCCACCCGAGCCACCGAAAAUUGUACAAGGUGACUUUAUGGUCACCACCGAGGAUCGGGAGAUUGAGUUGGAGUGUGUUUCAGUAGGAGGAAGACCAGCGGCGGAGAUCACAUGGAUCGAUGGUCUAGGGAACGUUCUAACGUCGGGAAUUGAGUACAUGAAGGAAGCGCUGCCCGAUGCACGGCGUUUCACGGCUAAAUCAAUUUUGAAACUGACGCCCAAAAAGGAACACCAUAACACCAUCUUCACCUGUCAGGCACAGAACACCGCAGACCGAACGUAUCGUUCGGCCAAACUGAAGCUAGAGGUUAAAUAUGCGCCGAAAGUGAGUGUCGAGAUAAUUAGCGGUGACAGGAUUGUGGAAGGCACUGACGUUCGCUUUCGCUGUCAUGCUGAUGCCAAUCCACCAGAGGUAUCCUACAAGUGGUACAUCGGGCACGAGAUGGUGAAUGGGAACUUUUCCACGGAAUUGGUUAUAUCGAACAUCUCCAAAAAGUUUCAUCAAGCUGUUGUGGAAUGCGAGGCACGGAAUGUCGUGGGGAAAAGCGAAGAAAGCGAAACACUCAACGUGCACUACAGACCUACCUUUCGUACCUUGCCGAAAUCCGUCGAAGCUGACCUCAAUAUGGUGGUGACUUUGUCCUGCGAUAUUGAUAGUAAUCCCGUGGCGGAUAUUGUUUGGGUCCACGAUGAGUCCGGUCGUGCCGUAUCCACAUCAGCCAACCUGACUCUAGCUGUGACCCAUGAAACGGCUGGUCGCUAUCUGUGCAAAGCGACUGUUCUUGGUUUUCCAGAGAUAGAAACGGAAGCGACCGUCUAUCUCAAGGGACCACCCAGUAUCAUCUCACCUCGGCAGCAGUUUGGAACGAUUACCGACACGGGUCAACUGGAGUGUGAAGCGUUUUCCAUUCCACAGGCGAAACAUAUCAUCUGGUUGCACAAUGGUCACGAAAUUAACACCAGCCACGAGACCGACUACAGCAUCAUCGAGAGCCUGCAGCCGGAAGGUGUCAAGUCAACGUUAAUCAUCUACAACAGCCAGCAGCAGCACUUCGGUGGCUACAAUUGCACCGUCAUAAAUGAUUACGGGGUCGACUUUGUGGAAAUUGAUUUCGUUUCGAAAGAAAAUAUUUUAUUACCAGUCAUCAUUUUUGGCUCCCUCGGUGGACUGACACUUUUAAUCAUCAUCAUCAUAGCGGCUAUGUGCUUCUGGGGCAGAAGGAACAAAAAAGCGCUUCCACCGGCGGAUGUGAUACCGAAGCAGCACAUCUCGGAAAAGGAUGGCAAGGAGUUGGACCGUCGAACGUCAAACGUUAGUGACCUGAAAAUAGAUCGUGAUAAUGAAUUUAUGGAAACCAGCCUCGGUCCAGACGGCAUGACCACUCAAGUGAAUCUGGUUCUCGGAUCGAGCUCAACAAUUGCCAAUCACACCAAAGGUGGACCGACGGCCAAGGGGGAAACUGCCGGGCAAGCUUUGAAAAUAACGAACGACUAUCGGUACUCGGAGGAUUUCUCCGACAGUUUGUGUCAGCUUCCCAGCACAGGAACUGGGAAAACCAGUAAUGGAUACGUACCUUACGUGGAUUAUAUCCGUGACUAUAACCCACCGGCAACACAGCUGAUGCAAUUCCGAACGAGCACGAGUAGCUCCAACAUCAGCAAUAGCUUAAGUAACCAACUUAAUUCCACUGGUAACAAUAGCGGUCCGAUGACUUUGGGCCGACACCGUAAACCGGAGCUGAGACAGGAAGCGGGGCUCCCCAGCAUUCAAGGCAGUCUUACCUCACUGCCAAAUGGAACAAUAAAGCAACCCAUUUUGCAGGGUCACCUAACGAUAGAACACCGAACGAGUGCUUCUUUUGGAAAUCCAUUCAUACGUGGAUCAAACUACAGUUCAUCGAACAUUCCACCAGCAACUGCCAACCCAGCCGCUACUCCAGCUCCUCCUCCGUACAACCUGGCAGCACGAUCGACCCUCGGUUUCAGCAGUUCUGGAGCAGCGACAGGUGCUUCGUAUGGACCUGCCACCAGUCCUGGAACAACCGGGGCAGGCUCAACCAGCCCAAGCUCGGUACAAUCAUGUUCAUUAUCGCUGUCUCAUAGUUCACAGCAAUCUCAGCAGCAACAACCGUUGCCCAAUAGCAGUAGUAGUGCUGGAAGUAAUCCGCAGCAACCGGGCAGCCCAUCAGCAGGCCAAUUCAUUCUGCCCAGUACCGGAACCAUCAAACAACAAGGCGCUACCGCAACGCAUGUAUGAACGCUUCUGUAUAUGUGGUAGAUAAGUAGUAGACAUGCAAUGUUGCCAUCCUCGCCCACAAUAAAAUAUUAAUGUUAACUGUUCCGUCAAUUCGCUCACCCUACUAAAACAAUCAAUUCUUCACAUUAUUACCCUGUGGUUUGAGGAAGAUUGGGAUUCGGGAUGACAAACGUUGAAAAACUCGUACUUAUUAUGAACUCGAGUGUAAUAAAAUUGUAAAGCACUGAUUGUUGAAUCCCAAUUCGAAGCCACGCCACACUACACUAUGUAUAACUACCAAACACAAAGCUUAUUUCAAAUAUGCAUCGGGUAGGUAAUUCCAGGCUCACAUCAUAAAUGGCAUAUCAUAAAUCUGUUCAACGAAGAUUCGAAAAAUUGCGUGGCCUUAUUAAAUGGUAGAACAAUUUCCACUGCAAACCAAAGCCCCACUACGAAAAAAGAGAACAUUCUAUCGCAAUCAACGGCACCAAUCGGAGAAAGAAUAUCAAUUUGCCCCCAUUUCACCACGUGCACGAAGCGUGGGUGUGCUGUUGCAAAAUUAAGUUAACCAAAUUGAAAUUAAAUCUUGAAAACAAUUUAAUUAGAGCUCACUCAUGCCGUCGUCGUCGUCGUUGGUUGUCGUGUACUACAUUGGAGAGCCGAAAAAAGCCACCGUUCGGAGCGGCUCACUUGAAUGCGAAAGAUCGACAAACACGCCAAAAUGCAAUUAAUUUCCAUCGAGAUGAAUUUUUCCCAGCCACACACUUCCAGCCAGCACCGAAGGGGGAGCGAGUGCCAGAAGAAAAACUACAUUCGAUUUAUAAUUCCACUGGGCGUGGGUAGGGAGGACACGGGACCCCAUCGCAACAAGGGAGGGGUGUGAAAUACGGUGCCACCGCGAUAUUUUGCGGGCAGUGGCUGUAAAAAAACAAUUGGCGCUGAAAUAAUCAGCCAUUGUGGCUGGCAAACGGCUCGGCGAGGGGAGGGACGGAGGUUCAGGGGAGUGCGAAAAUUUGACAAUGGACCGGAGCCAAAUUUCAUUUGGAAGUGCGAUUUUUUAAAGGGAUGUGAAAUGAGCCAAAUCUACUUUGGCAAUGCCCGGUGAGGGUGCUGUUUUUCCCCUUAUUUUUUUUUCAACUGAAUCGUUAUUGAUGUGGACAUAAUAACUGUAACGCUUUCACAUGUAUGAGUCAUCCACAGCGCCAGAGGGGCAUGUUUGAUUGGUGGAUGAUCAACUGGAAAAUGUUUGAAAUAGGUAAUUGUCGUCGGACGCCCGUGGAAUCAUCGCCCAUUGCUCUGCCUACAUACAUUUAUUUGUUCAGCAUCACAUUUAAGACAAGACAUAAUCAACGAUAGUACGCCACAAUACUCGGUGGCGCUAGGGUGUAGGCACGUCAAACUCGAACCAACUACGCCUACCUAACAUGCAUCGAGCGGGCCUUCCCAAACAACACAAUGCGAUUUCGCGGGUCAUCCCCAUCGGCAACACAAACCAAUUUCCAAGCAGGAUUCGACCAGGCCCCAGGUCGCGUUGCCAGUCGACACUAACACACUCGCAAAAGAUGAGCAGUAAACCUACCUUGCCGCUUGCGGAUACCCUGGUGGCUGCCGCUCUCCAUCCUCGGUCGCGCCCAAUGCUCGCCAGAUCACGCUCCACCUGAUCCGCCCAUCGUGCUCUCUGUGCUCCACGCCUUCAUGUGUCAACCGAAUCAGUUGCAAACACCCUUCAAAGUUGUUGUUCGGCAUUCUUGCAACAUGCCCUGCCCACCGUAUCCUUCCGGCUUUGGCCACCUUCUGGAUGCUGGGUUCGCCGUAAAGUGCAGCGAGCAGCGAGUUCAUCCUUAUCCGCCACACACCCUUCUCCUGCACACCGCCGAAGAUCGUCCUUAGCACGCGUCGCUCGUAAACACCGAGUGUUUGCAGGUCCUCCUCGAGCAUGGUCCAUGUUUCGUGUCCGUAGAAGACCACCGGUCUUUUUAGCGUUUUGUACAUGGUGCAUUGGGUGCGUGGGAGAAUCUUUUUCGACCGCAGUUUCUUCUGGAGGCCUUAGUGACUUUCGCUGAUAAUAUGCCUUUGAAUUUCACGGCUCACGUUGUUGUCAGCUGUAGUAAGGAUCCGAGGUAGACGAAUUCCUCCACCACCACGAAAGUAUCCCCGUCUAUCGUAACGUUACUACCCAGACGGAUCCGGUCGUGUUCGGUUCCGCCUACCAGCAUGUACUUUGUUUUUGAGGCAUGCACCACCAGUCCGACCUUUGCUGCUUCGCAUUUCAGGCGGGUGUACAGCUCUGCCACCAUUCCAAAUGUUCUGGCGAUAAUGUCCAUGUCGUCUGCAAAGCACACAAAUUGACCGGAUAUUGUGAAAACAGUUCCCCGGCUGUUGAGCCCUGCUCGUCGCACCACACCUUCCAAAGCGAUGUUGAAGAGUAGACAUGAGAGUCCAUCACCUUGUCGCAGUCCCCGGCGAGAUUCGAAUGAACUAGAUACAUCACCCGAAACCCUUACGCAGUUUUGCACACCGUCCAUUGUUGCUUUAAUAAGCAUAGUCAGCUUCCCAGGAAAGCCGUUUUCGUCCAUGAUUCUCCAUAGCUCUGCGCGAUCGAUACUGUCGUAUGCCGCUUUGAAGUCGAUGAACAGGUGAUGCGUUGGGGCCUGGUAUUCACGGCAUUUCCGGAGGAUUGGCCGUACGGUGUAGAUCUGCUCCGUCGUCAACCGGCCUUCGAUGAAGCCAGUUUGUUAACUUCCCACGAACUCAUUCGUUUUCGGUGACAGACGACGGAAGAUGAUCUGGGAUUGCACUAGGGAUGUAGUACCGGUAGUACCGGUACCGAAAAUACCGGUAUUACCGACCAAUUUUUGGUACCGAAAUACCGGUACUGACUAAACCUUGGUACCGGUACUUUCGGUACCGUGAAACCUCCCCUGAGGUGAUGAAACCCUGUCAUUAGUAUAGCCAAUAUGCAAUAGAAAUUAACGAAAAUCUUCAAAACCAAGCACAACAUUUAAAACAAACAUUUCAUACCUACAUGAAAUCUUUCUGCAGAUCCAGGAUAUCAGCAAUGAUAAGUUUGAUGAACGUUAUAUUUAGGAAAUGGAUUUGCAAGCUUAGAAUAAAACAUGUUAGAUUUCGGUUUUUCUUGAACCGACUUUUCGAACUCUCUAAGCAGAAUACCCUCUUUGAAUAGGGUUUCUUGUUAUUUCUUCAGUUUUUAGAUUUCGUUUGCAUCAUCAAGGAAAAAUCAGUUAAAUCUUCUUCUGUCUUCAUCUAGCAGCUAUCUAUUUGAUUUUGGUACACGUAACCCGAGCAAAGGCGGAUAAGAAAAUGAUAACAAGUUCUGUUACCUGGUUAUCAUUCGUUUGAUAAUUGAGUUUGUUAUCAUUUAGGUUGAAUUAAGAGCCAACAUAACAAAAAUGAUAACUCAUAUUUACUUCUCGAAUACCAAAAUGAUAAGAAGUUAAGUUAUCAUUGAGUUCAAGUUGAUAACUAAUUGUGUUAUACAAUAUUUUGUUCAACAUUUCAUUUAGUUAUCAACAUGAAAAAAUACAUGUGACUGAUAACUGGUUUUGUUAUCAAUCAGUUAUCAUUUAGAACUAUUUUAUCGACCAAAAUAGUAAAAAUCUACUUUACCGACAUCGUCACCUAUUGAAAAAAGUUUCUUGUAACUUACAACCAAAAUUUUUGACUACUGCGCCCAGGCGGGUCUCGAACCCUGAUCGAGUGAUUGUCGGUCGCAGCCGAUAGCCCCUAUACCAACGGGACUCAUUGAGAGUGAGAGUUAUAAAAGGCUACGCUUUCGUACUGUAGUCGCAUUGUAGGUGGGAAGCGGAGUCUAUUUUUAGAUUCGAGGUUCAUCAGACUCUCAGUUUUGGGAAAGCUUUGAAAUGUGCGUUUGGAAACAGAUAACAUAUUUUGUUAUCAUUUAGUAUUUUUAUGUUAUCGCGAUAGACCAAAAUUAUCGAUAACUAAAUUUGUUAUCAUCUGGUUAUCAUCAAUUGAAAAAGAUGAUAACAAAAAUAACAAAAUGAUAACACCGAUAACACAGUUUAUUAUCAAAGUGAUAUCACUUUGUUAUCCGCCUUUGCUCGGGAAGGCUGUUCCUGUUUCAUUUAAGACUCACCAAGAUACUGCCUGUGAAACUAUGCGGAAGCUAAACAAUAGUUCCAAAAACAGUUUCAUACAACUAAUCUCUUUUUAUAUCUUUACCAAUCCAUACUUUUUGUUUAAUCCAGUAUUUCCUGGUUAGAUUUUAUGACAUCCCUAAAACUGGAAUUCACAAAUGCCUGGUAAAUUGUAGAUUGUCUGUGCAAAAUAGAUUACUUUUUAUUUUAGUGAAAAUUUUCCAGUACCGGUAUUUUACCGGUACUACCGGUACUGUAAGCCCCAGUACCGAAAUACCGGUACUCACCAAAAGGGCUCGGUACUGCGACCCCUGCACUUUGUAGGCAGCAUUCAAAAUAAAUAAUUGCUCUGCUUCUAGGUUACAUAUCACAGAUUUUACCCUAAAAUAAGGACAACACAAUUUAUUGCGCAUUUAGUUCAUAAUUAACUAGAUCUGAAAAUUUUCAGUAAUGGAACAUGAAUUUUCAAAAUCACGAGUUAGAAGGAGAGGGAAAACAGUCAUGCUUCCACUUCACAGUACUAUCCCACCAGGAUUUCGGAAUAUAUCCUAUAGCAAAACUGCAAACAAGCAUUUUUUUUUUCAAAACAUGUUUGAAAUAAUCAAAUCCCUUCUGAAUCAAUACAGGAUACAUCCCAUCUGCUCCAGAAGAUUUAAAAGGAGCAAAGCUAUGGGCACUAACUCUAUAGGUACAUACAAUACUCCGAGCCAAAGCCAGGGAAUCAUAACUACAAGAAAAGACAUCAGGUUCAUCCGAAGAUGCCAUUCCAGAAUUUCCUCAUCAGAGGUAGUGAAAUCGCCAUUUGGCAAACAAAGUUUGUUUACUCGAAAAUCCUUACAUUUCUCAUGGAUUUUGUUGUACCUACUAACUUCACUCGAACUGCAAACAUGGAUCGUUCAGCAGACCGGAGAACUUUCUUGUAGAUCUUGCGAGCCGACCCGCAAGCCUCCGAACCAGCCGACAUGCAUCAACAUGCAGAAUAAUUCAUCUGUUUUUCAACCUUCAAUCAAAUAAUUUUUGACAGCUGACCCAAGCAUGUUUUUUGUGAAGUCUACAUCGCUUCUUCAGCCUCAAUACAGACUUUGCUCAACUUAUAUUCUUGACUAUUCAGACACAACAAGUAAUGCUAUUGUUUUCGACGAUAUGUAUACAAUUAUGUGUGGUGUAGGUGCUAAGGAGAGUGACUAUAAAUCAGGAGGUCCGAGUGCAAUUUCCAGUCUUCCCACCGAUUAAUUAGUACAUUUCUAACCAUCUCUUCUCGAAAUAGACGCAGCUUACGGUAAAAAUAAGUUCAAGAAAGUGUUUUUAUUUUAUUUUUACACAACUAAUAAAUUUAAUUGAUUACUGAUUAAGCGCAUAUUAAGCCUUUAAUCAGCCUUCCAAUGAACCUCAAAUCAGCUAAAGGAUGAAUGAAAUCAAAAAAUUAAAUGUUUUGGAACUUAAUAAAGGAUUGUACCUAUUGUGCUCAGCUUUUGUUCAAUUCAAGGCGGAUUUAAAAUAGUUGAAGAAACGUACAGCAUCAAGUUGUUACCUGGGUGGUCCCCACAUGUGCAGCCUGGGCACUGUUGUCCUUCUGCCAUCAGCUAGAUUGAGAAGGUACAUACCGAGCGUUUGUUCACCAAGGAGGUGCGGCUCAAACAGCGUCUAUUCUGGCAUCCAGUGGCUGAGUAUGAAAUGCUCCUCCGCAGGAAACUAUAUAGUGUGGCAGCCUCACCACGGUGGAUAGAGCCUUAGACCAAUAACCUACUGUUCUCGAAACCCGAUACAGGAAUCGUUACAGAAACCGGAAAUAAAAGAUUACGAAAUGAUUCAACGGCAAAAACUUUAAGCGUGAAACGACGGACAGGAAUUGGAACUUGGAUCGUAUUCACUCUAGCCCAGCAGGGUAAACUGGCACAACUAGCCAAUGAGGCGCAUGUCGUAUGAAGCUUGAGGUGAACACACUCCUUGCCACCGUCGAGUUGGUUUCCUGCUCAGCGCACACGCCCACGCUGCGCUCAUGAAGUGGGAACCUAUUAAUGAGAAGAUAAUUAUAGCCAGAUUCAGAACACGGGUUCGAAACCUUACCAUGAUCCAAUGUUACGCACCAACCGAUGCUGCUGAAUUACAAGACAAAUAGAACUUUUACAGUCGACCAAUACCUGUCUUGUAUAAGAUUUCAAAAGGUGAAAUCAAGAUCCUCAUGAGCGACUACAACGCGAAGGUUGGUUCCGACAACUCAGAAUAUGAGCAAGCACGUCAGGGGGCGCAAUGAUCUCGGAAAAAUGGGCGAGAACGGAGAGCUGUUUGCAGAGUUUUGUGGCAACAAUGACAUGGUGAUUGGAAGAAGUGACAUGGGUUUCUCGCGAUGGCGUCACGGUCACUCAAAUCGACCACAUCUGCAUCAGCCGUAAAUGAAGACGAAGCCUUCUUGAUGUGUAAAACAAACGUAGUGCCGACAUUGCGGCCGAUAAUCUCUCCUUCUUGAUGAGAUCCGGCUGCGCAUUGCUGCAAUCGAUCGACAGGAGGAGAAAAUCGAGCGCUGGUUCAACACACGGCGACUGGUAGACGCUGCGGUUAAAAGGUCUUUCGUCGCGGAGCUAGACAACCGUGCUACGAUUAUUCCGUAAGGUGGAUGUGUAGAAGAUCAAUAGAGCGCCAUCUAGAAUGCCUUCAUCACCUCCGCCGAGAAUAAUUUGGGUGAGCUACGUACCCAGAGAAAGCAGUGGAUCACAGAUAACACCUUAAGGAAGAUAGAGGAGCGAAGGAAUGCCAAAGCCGCGAAAGAGCGAGCGAAAACACGAGGAUCCAAAUCCGUAGCCGUCCCGUAGCCGCAAAUAUCGGCGACAUUUGUCUCCUCUACGAUGUAUCCCGUCGCCUUAGUGGGACUAAGAUAAAUGCUACAAUGCCCGUGAAUGAGACAUCUAGCUAUUGACCGACCCGACUGACCUGCUUAAACGCUGGUUCGAGCACUUUCGAAACCUUUUCCAAGUGUCGGCCACGCAACCAAUACCUCAGCAUGAUCCGCCAAGGAUACGACGGGGUCAACACCGAAGCUCCAUCAUCGCAGGUGAUAGAAACAGCUAUUCAUAGCAUGAAAUCGAACAGAGCCUCGGGUGUCGAUCAUAUAUCAGCUGACCCCUUUGUAUUUCACAACAACUGAAUAAAUUAUUCUGCAACAUAUGGGAAACCGCGACAUUUCCUAUCGACUGCAUACAAGGCGGCUUAGUGAAGGUGCCCAAAAAGGGUGACCUGACUGUGUGCGAUAAUUGGUGGGGCAUCAUGUUACUGUGUAUAGACGUGUGCGCCGAAUAUUCGGCGUAAAAUCGGCGUGCAUCGGCGUGGGGCUUCUCAAACAAUUAUGAACAAAGUAAACUACUUUCUAAUGAUUGGAUUGCAACAAAUGGACAUCUAGCUAUGUGCUGCUGCAGAAAUUUUUUGGUUUUGAUAAUGGUAGCCUUUCUGAGAAGGGAUACGCCGAUCGGCGUGCGGUUUUCACGCCGCCGCCGCCGCCGUUUGCCACGCCGACACGCCGAUGCUUCCUGGAUCGGCUUCAAACAACAUAACCAUAAACUUUUUCCACCAGUGCAUGGGUAUAACCCCCCUUUACCUAUCCCCGUUUAAAAAAUAUAGUAUUGUUGAUUCUUGUUGGCUUGGGGAGCCGCACGCCGAUUCACGCCGAUUUUUCAUCGGCGCGGCGCGGCGCGGCGGCGCACACCUCUAACUGUGUAUCGUGUUCACCGUCCUCUUCAAAGUGAUCCUUAACCGGAUACAGAAGAAGAUGGACACAACCCUCCGAAGGCAGCAAGCUGGAUUCCGUGCCGGACGAUCCUGGGGUGGGGGCAUAUUCUCACGCUAAUCCUGGAGCAAAUCAAUGCAUUCCAAGAAUCUUGUUACCUGGUGUUCAUUGAUUACGAAAAAGUUUUCGACCGUCUCAAUCACGGAAAUAUAGGGUGUCCCAGAAAGUAUGGGCACAACUUUGCAGCUCUGCCAUUUGGGAAUGGAUGCACAAAUAAACUUUAUUUUCACACAUAUCCUACCUCAAUGUAUUAACAUCAAAUGCCAAUCAUUAGAAUAUGCAUUUUACACUUCGUUUGAAUGCGGCAGAACAUUCCCUAAAAGACCUUUCAAAGCAUCUGCACAAAUUGCUAUAUAUUUCAAUGGCAUCGUUCAACAAAUUGUUUUCUACGCAUGAAAUUAAGCUCAAUAAAAAUUUCAAAAAAUAUAUCCGUGUAAUUCUACAAGCGUAUCUAUUGUACAACCCUUAGUUCGAAUUGAAAACAUGUACUUUUGAACCUGAAAAAUGAAUUUAAACACCAAAAUCGAUAUUUUUGAAAACCCGAUUUUCGAAUAGUUGAAAACAAGCUUCUGAAUUAAUAUCACAGCAUGCAUAAAGCUACAAUGAAAUUUCCGCAUAAGUUAUAUAAAUGCUCCAACUUUAUAAAGUGUAGAUUGAAGUAUUUUAAUUCUCGUUCAAACAUCCAUUAAAACUCGAAUGUCUGUGGGCAUGUCUUAUCCAGAAAUGGAAAAGGCGAUUUUUCAGUUUUCUCAAAAUUUUGAAGUACCCAUACGCACAGGCAGAACAUUUUUUUUUAUAAAAAAUGUCGAUCAACCAUCUAAGGAAUCAUGUUUUCGAAUAUAUCAUGCCAAAAAAAAAAAUCGAAAAAAUUGCUUUAAUUAGGGUUUUAGGUAAAACCGUAAAAAAGUAGUUUGUACAGAAGUUUUCGAAGUUGUUUUUUUUUUAAUUUUAAAUCUUCUGCAUAAAAAACCCCUUUUCAAUGUAUAAACUCUUUACAGGAAUCAAUGGAAAUACUUUGAAUAAAAAUACAAAAAUAUAAAAAUUGUUGUUUGUUAAGAAAAUGAUUGCAAUUUCGUUAUACAAAGUUGUGCCCAUACUUUCUGGGACACCCUAUAUGUGGAAAUCCCUCAGGCUCAAGGGUGUCCCUGAGAAAAUCAUCGGCCCCAUUGAAACACACUACACGGCAUUUUCGCGUAUACUACUGCACAACGGUCUUGUCCGAUCCCAUCCGGGUCGUUGCUGAAGUGAGGAUGUAUACUAUCGCCGCUACUGUUCGUAAUCGUAAUCGAAGAGAUCCUGGUAAGUGAGAUUGAUCGUGAACCAAAAAGUUGUUGCUGUACGUGCAUACUCAGUUAAGCUCGGCUUAUUUUCAUUAUUUUUCCGAGAUCUGCACAGCCGAGCGCUCGACAAUCGCAAUUUAACUUUAAGCAGAAGGGCAAGUUUAUUCAUAGCAGCACCAAUCUUCUGAUGGAAUUUCCCGAAAAAAAUCGGAAGAUAUUCUACGAGGAAGUCUGGAAAGGUUUUUCACAGGAUGUACACAGUUCUGCCACCGUUCUAAAUGUUCUGGCGAUAAUGUCCAUGUCGUCCACAAAGCACACAAAUUGACCGGAUUUUGAGAAAAUCUUAUCCCGGCUGAUGAAGAGUAGACAUGAGAGUCCGCCAUCUUCUUGCAGUACCGACUUCUCGCAGGCACACAGUGGCACAGUGGCACACAGAUUUGAAAAUACCUGGCAAAAAUUGCCAAAUCAUAGUAGUCUGCUAGUUUUAGCCUAUAUGAGUGUAUUGGAACAUGAUUUAGCGUUCAAUUUCAUUUUAAAGGCAUUUUCAUGAUGAAAAUUUAUUUUUUUGUCGAUUUCUUCGAACAAAAUCCGAACAAAAUUGAUGUUUUUCAUACAAUUUUACUACUCUUAUCAUCAUGGCGCCAUUGUUUUGGUAGCUCUUGGCAGUUGCAUUUUUCUUUAACCGAUUAUGCAUACAUAAACGAGCAUUUGAACGGAAUCUCCCCUCGGGGAGAAGCGGGGAGCGAUUUGUAUGACUUUGAAGUUGAACUGUAAGAAUUUUGCGUUCUAAUGACAUGUAAUGUCAAUUUUGAAGCCAAAUAUGUAUGCUAUUUUGAUCUGUUGCUCCAUUGCAGAUGUCUACAUAAAAACUUACAAAUAAACUUUUGAAAGCAAUUGUAUUACUUAUAUUAAUAGACUUUUGUAGUGGUUGAACUUGUUUGUGUUCUUUAUCAAAAAUUCAGCACUUUUUUCAUCAGCAGGUAUUCAGUGCUGUGAAAAGAUACAAAAUCAAUAUUUCCAUUUUUUUUUAAAUGCCAGUUAGUGCCCCUGGUAUUAUGGAUGAAUGCUCAAUAUACUGUAUCCCAUAUAGGACAUGUUCAAAAAUUGAGUUUCUGCCAGCUUUUCUCAAAAUUGGACCUCUGUGAGGCAGAUUCGAAUGAAUUAGACAGUUCACCCGAAACCCUUACGCAUUUUUGCCUACCGUCCAACGUUGCUUUAAUCAGUCUAGUCAGCUUUCCCGGAAAGCCGUUUUCGCUCAUCGCUCUGUGAGGUCGAUACUGUCGUAUGCCGCUUUGAAGUCAAUGCAAAGGUGAUGCGUUGGGACCUGGUUUUUACGGCAUUUCUGGAGGAUUUAUUGUACAGAGAAGAUCUGGUCCGUUGUUGACCGGCCGUCGAUGAAGCCGGCUUGAUAACUUCCCUCGAACUUAUUAGUUUUGGGUGACAGACGACGGAAGGUAAACUGAGAUAGCACUUUGUAGGCGGCAUUCAAAAUGGAGAUUGCUCUGAAGUUCUCACAUUCCAAAUGGUCGUCUUUUUUGUGAAUGGGGCGGAAUAAUCAAUCCUUCCACUUUUUCGGUAGCGCUUCUGGGCCCAUCUAGGUGAGUUCUGCUGUGAUACAAUCCUUACCAACUGCUUUGUUAGUUUUGAGCUGGUGUAUGGCAUCCUUUAUUUCCCUCAGCGUGUGAGUUGGCUCAUAUCCGUCCUCUGCUACAUUGGCACAGUCGUUCCCUCCGUUGGCGUGGUCUCCCGUGCCUACGUUCUCCACACUAUUCCACCUUAUGAUCACCUCACGUCCGUCCGUGAAGAGGCCUCCGCCCUUAUCUCUGCACAUUUCGGCUCGCGGCACGAAGCUGUUGCGGCAUGCGUUGAGCUUCUCGUAGAACUUCCGUGUUUCAUGGGAACGGCACUGAAGUUCCAUUUCCUGGAACUCAGCUUUUUCCAGGCGGCGCUUUUCACCCCGAAAAAUUCGGGUCUGCUGUUUCUGCUUCUAUUUGUAAAGCUCCAUGUUCUGCCGGGUUCCUUGGUGCAGCAUUACCGUGCUGCGUUUUCCUCCUCCAAAAUCGCUCUGUAUUCCUCGUCGAACCAUUCGUAUUGUCGAUCCCUUUUCACGUACCCGAUGGUGCUCUCGGCUGCGUCAUUGAUGGCUGCUUUUACUGUUCUCCAGCAGUCCUUUAGAGGGGCCACAUCGAGCUCCCCAACAAACAUUUUUGCUCUAUAAGAGUGGAACAACCCUCUCUUAAGCACACUAUAGCUUACGAAACUGUUAUAUGGCUAGUAUUGUUACUUGGGUCGCCCUGCUCUGGCAACACUGCCUCGAGAUUCUGCGUGUAUGUGACGCAACAUCCGAUUGCUUUAGUCGCUCUAGUUUGUACCGUGGCGGUCUCCGGUACCGUACAUAUUGAUGAUAAAUGAAAAUUUCAGGUGCAGUUUGACCAUCACCAGAUAGAGGUCAGAGUUGAUGUUAGCUUUUUUUUAUCUGUAUCAACGAGAUUUUUAACCCUAGGCUAGUUCAUCUCGGGACCCACGCUUUACUUCCCUUCCGAAGGAAGAACUCACAUUUUGCGAGUUUGUCGGGACGGGAGUGGGAUUCGAUGUUGAUGUUAGCGCCACGAUAGGUCCUAAAGUCGAUUAUAUCGGAAAAGUGCCGUCCGUCAAUCAGAACGUGGUCAAUUUUGGAAUAAAAAUGCAGUAGGCAUAAAAAGGAUAGCGGCGUCUUAUGGGAGACUCGAAUGUAACUACUCAGCUGCAGGAAUUCCAUUUAUCCACCAAACACUAUCCCCUAUUAUGUUAAUAGGAUUGCAAUUCAAACUUUUAUCGAGCUGGUUUCUCAACCGCAGCAAAAAUGUCAGCGUAAAAUAAAAGAAACCGUAUAACAACUUCCCGGACAAAAUAAAACCAUUCAGAGUGACUUUGCGGUAGAUACCGUCGACUCGCGCACCAUUUCACGAUGGAGAACAAAUGAACAUAACCAGCGAUUUCUCGGAAGAAACAUGAGAAAAAACUUCCUCCCCGCUUUACAGUGGAAUUCUUUCGGAAUACUAAUGAUAAAAGCUUGAAAAAUUCCGUGAAACAAAGCAGAAAAAAAAACGAAAGAAAAGUGCAUCAGCAAGCGAAUGCAUCAAACAAAUUAAACUUUGACUGAUAAAUAAAUUUAAAUAGAAGUGAAUUCCAAAGUUGUAAAGCUUCGAGCUUAGCCGUAGCAUAGGGAAAUGGAACGAUUUAAUUUGUGACAAUUCCAUUCUCAUUUCCAAAACUGUCCGCACAGUGACAUAAAUCAAGCUUUUAACUUUCCUUUACAUUCCGUCACUGUCCUUGAAAGAUACAUAGAAUUUAACGUAGGGGAACUGGGGGUAAGACGCCCACGUUAAGGAAGAGUCCAAUUUUAACCACGAAACACUUUUUUGGUACUAACAUGAAGCACCAACAUGUUUCCUUUCAAAUAGAAGAAACCAUAAACUAGUUCUUUGUUUUACUACAGAAAAAUUCAAAUUUGAAAAAAAGUUUGAUUUUCAGAUUUUUAGUUUCAAUGCGGGGUAAAACGCGCCACUAGCCACAGCUAACGCCAGGAUGCCAAAUUGUGUACAUAUACUUGCGCGCCUGGUUUAUUGUCAUUUGUUAUUGUUCGUGAAUGGUAUACAGUCAAUGCAUAAUUAUGGAUCACCUGUAAUUAUGGGUCAAUUCCAUUUAAACGUCAUAGUGAGCUGUUUUAUCAAUAAUUACUACAAAAUGACACCUGGAUGUGUGAUUAGUAAACUUAUGCAUAGUAAAAAUGUGCUGUUGCUUGGUUCCAACUUGUGUUCUACAUAAUUUAUGCCAGAAUUUGGUUCUAAAUAGCUAAUUUAAUGUAAAUAACUAGGGGUGGGCAUUUUACCCCACACAUGCCUCAGAAGUUUGGACCCUUGUAAAAAGUUAUAAGGGCCAAAUUCGAUACUUUUUUCGCUUGGUACACAAACAAUGGGAGUGUGCAAAACAGUUUAUGGGGAUAGCGAGAAAAAAAAUCUUUUAAAUGAUUUAAAAAAGUGCAACAAUUAGACAUGCUCAAAUUACAUCAAAAGUAAUCAAAAUCUUUUUUUGAAGUUUUUGUACAUUUUUUUAGUAAAAAUAUGUAAACUCAAAUGUAAAGAAGCAUUUUUAUUCUUAUUUUAACGAUUUCAGUUGAAAAAAGUGCCGAAAAUAACGUGGUUUGCUUAAAACAAGGGUGGCGCAACUUGCCCCCUAUGGGCGUUAUGGCCGCAGUUCCCCUAAUGCGCAACGGAUGUAAAUGUAGCUCGAGUAGAUCAAUGCUUUGUUAUGAUAGAAAUGUUUAUCGAAUCUUUUGCUAUUGCGCUUCGAGAUAGGUAUGCAGCACCUGCCGAUUGUGGUGAGUUUGUUUUAAGCUACACACGUAGAGCUAGAUAGACAAUAUUAUGUUUAUAGUUUAGCGGAUUUGUUAGUUAAUUGAAUCUGUAUAUAAACUGUAAAGGUGAAUUGAUAAGAUGGUGAAAAAUAAAUUAUUUCGAAAUUGAUAAAAUAGUGUUUCAUUUAAAAUGAUGACAAAUCUGUAUAAUUUUUACAGUUUUAGACACCUAAAAAUUCCAAAACAAUGAUUCAAUGCAUGUAAAUAAGAAGUGUUUGCUACAAGGUACAUGAAGCUGUAUUAUUAGGAAUGGUAAAAACAUAUAGGUGCCUAAACCCCAACUGUGUCGAGUCGAGAAUACAUUCCAUCUCGCCACAAACCAAUCCUGGUUGAGGAUAAACCCAUUUUGCAUGUUCAUCAUUCACCUUCCCCAUACCGGCAAGCAACAUGCCUACACAAUCCAGCCAGGAACCACAACUCACCAAGAAGCGUGCAGCAAUCUCAACCGAGGAAAAUCACAGGAUGCGAUAUUACGAUGCUGUGCCUAAUUUAAUUUUUCCUUUUUCCACGAGUUUACCUUCCACUUAAUGGUUUCACUUGUGUUGUUGGGUUUUAUGGGACGUGAUCGAAGUAUAAACCACAAAAGGUACUAGGCAAGAAAUCAAAUCUCUAUAGGUAACCUUUACCUCCAUCGUCGGCGCUCGUUGAGGAAGGACAACCCAAGACGACACACACAAAAAAGAAAAAAAAAACGACGACGAGCGCACGAGUUUGUUGUGUGCCGCAAUCCGGUACGUACACCGCUGAGGGAAUUUCUGUCAUACAUUUUCCAGGAUUUGAUGAUUUGAUGUGACAGCGGACGGAUUUAACAUUCUCACGUAUUUUACACAGAUUUACCGUCAUAGGAUCUUUUGGAAGUCACGCUGGGGACGGUUGUGGCGCUUUGUUAUGCGAAUGGAUGAUAGGGCAUUAUGACCCGGUUAACUUCAAGAUUUCGUUGAUCUGUAAAGUUUGAUUUAAAAGUGUUGGCUUCAAAUUUUCUGUUCAAGUUAAUAAAUAUUAUUUAUUAAAUGAGUUGCAAAAGGUUGAUUUUUUUCAGCUCAAUUCGUAUAUUGUAACGAACGAAUUUAUCAGUUACUUGUUUAUUUGCGAAUAAUGUUACAAAAUAAUAAUUAAUUAUAGAAACGGUGCUAAUUCAACAGGCGACCGGAUGAACGACGGUUCAGACCCACACUGAAUCAUCAUCAAGCAAAUGAUCGUGCGGUACCUUCACCUUAGGGUGUCCCAAAACGUCGCGUUACAACUUCCCCCCGCCAGAACGGUCAUUUUGCGAAGAUGAUAGUGAUACGUUGGCCGCUUGAUCCACCAUCACCAGGGUAUUAUAAACAGAUGUUAUGUCUCGGUUGUGCUGUAGCAAAUCUUGAACGUCAGCUGGGAAAUGGUUUAUCAUCAGGCGUAUAACUUUAUCCUCCGUCGGCGGCAAUUCCAAAUAUUGUGCAUUAUUCAGGAAGCGAAUGAAAUAUGCUGACAUGCGCGACUUUCUUCCUUUCUGAACAUAUGUCCCAUUUACCAUUUUUGACAUGAAAUUCCUUUGGCCAGCACAUCCCCAAAACCUCAUCAAAAAUAACUGCUUGAAUACUUUCCAAUUGCUAAAGCGAUAUUUAAAGGCGCGAAACCACAGCUUUGGUUCCCCUUGCAAGCAUUCAUACAUCACUCCAAUACGUUCAUCAUCUUUCAGCUCUCGGUUUUCGAAAAUCAGGUACUGAUCGAAUCGGUCCAAAAAUUCCGCUGCAGUGAAAUAUUCACAACGGCCGUCGAAGUGCGGUUUGGUGACGUUAUUCGGAUGGAUGAUCAUUGCCUUGGUCACAACUGCUGCUGGUUGUGUGAUACGAAGAGUAUUGUUCAUCUCCGCCGGUUGGGUAUGAUCGUACGAUGCCGCGGCCUGAGCCAAUGUUGUAGUACAAUCGUUGCCUGCAUUUGAAUCCAAUUGUUCUUUUCCAUCGUCGCUUGCUUUCGUAGCUGUGUCCGAUAUCUGCAUCGCUUUGUCCAUCAAACUGCUAUUGAAUAUCAUGGCAAAACAUCGUUCCAGUUUCUUGAUACUAGCUUCGAUAUCCACUAAACGGCGUUCAAUUGUUGAUAAGUCCAUAAUGAAAAUCCAAUUGUCGGUUAAUCCCGGUUGAGCCCCCACGUUGUAACGAACGAAUUUAUCAGUUACUUGUUUAUUUGCGAAUAAUGUUACAAAAUAAUAAUUAAUUAUAGAAACGGUGCUAAUUCAACAGGCGACCGGAUGAACGACGGUUCAGACCCACACUGAAUCAUCAUCAAGCAAAUGAUCGUGCGGUACCUUCACCUUAGGGUGUCCCAAAACGUCGCGUUACAA